AACAAAAUAACAAACUGGGUACUCGAUCGCUGAAAGGGGGCCAUUCCGGCACUCUAUAACAGUGGCGCUCGCUCUAUAAAGAAUCGUGCUUGUAGCAAAUCAACAAUCAUGCAAUUCUAGAACAUACGCAUAUCUACCCCGCACACUCAACAGACAACUUUUUCAUAUUUCUUUUAUCUGAUAUGCAUAUUUAUCUACGUGUGGUUUUCUAUGCAUAGGCUGCGGAUGGGAAAAUAAUCCUUAAACACGGAUCUGCUACACCAUAACAUUUCAUUCUCUUACUCAAUUUAAUACCUGCAAAACUUAUUCAUCUCUGGCCAAAUUUGGCAAAGUUGUCGUGCCAUCAUCGUUCGUUACAGCAAAUUUGGUUGCCACCUACAAUGAGUCCCAACAAUAUAUCCGCCAAGCUAGUGCUUCUUGGUGAUAUGGGAACUGGAAAGUCUAGCCUUGUUUUGCGGUUUGUCAAAGGCCAAUUUUUUGACUAUCAGGAAUCAACCAUAGGAGCAGCAUUCUUCUCUCAGACUUUAGCUUUAAAUGAGACCACGAUCAAAUUUGAGAUAUGGGACACUGCAGGGCAGGAGAGAUAUCAUAGCUUAGCUCCUAUGUAUUACCGUGGUGCUGCUGCUGCUAUAAUUGUCUAUGAUAUUACAAGCUUGGAUUCAUUUAUUCGUGCAAAGAAAUGGAUACAAGAACUUCAAAGACAGGGCACUCCAAACAUGGUGAUGGCACUUGCUGGAAACAAGGCUGAUUUGAUGGCAAAGAGGAAGGUGGAGCCAGAGGAAGCUCAAACAUAUGCUAACGAAAAUGGGCUUUUCUUUAUCGAGACAUCAGCCAAGACAGCACAAAACGUAAAUGAACUUUUCUAUGAAAUUGGAAAACGACUACAUCAAGCUCAGCUCAUGCAGCCUCCACAAGGCUUGCUUCUUGCAAAUGGAAGAAAAGAGACAGGAAGCUCGAAUUCUUGUUGCUUAAAAUAAGCUUGUGAACUAUACAGGUUCUGGUCAUUGUAGAUCUGAUGUAGAUAUUGUGCCAAAAAAGCUAGUAAAAAGUUUCCUACUGUGCAAUAUGGAAACUUUCAAUGCUUUAAAUUUUUAAUAUACAAACUCAAACAUCUUUGCAGGAUUAUUCUUAUAUUUGUUACAUUAGUGUUUACAAGUCAACUAAUGCAGUGACUACAUGAUUUAGCCCGGUGUUUAAGAAAAUGUUUAUAUAUUAGAUUUGUACAUUAUUUUCUCACAGGUUAUAAACAAAAACCCUCUUUUCGGUA